AUGUCUGUAUCUCUGUAUUUUACUCAGUUGAAAUCUCUCUGGGAUGAACUCCAUUCCAUCGCACCUAUCAAUCCGUGCAUCUGCGGUAAUGCCAAGAGUAUUAUUGAUCAACAAAAUCAGGACCGGGCCAUGGAAUUCUUCAGGGCGUCCAUGACCGAUUCUCGGCCGUCCGCAGCCAAAUUCUCCUCAUGGAUCGCUUUCCUUCAAUUCAGCAUUCAUGGAUUUCCAAAUAAGCCACCAAAGAAAUCUGAACGAUUCUCAUCUACUUCCGCUACUCAACUCUCAAGCGCACAAUAUCAAAAACUCCUAUCUCUCUUAGCCAAAGAGGACACUAUGGGAUCAUCUGUGAAUUUAGCAGGACCGAGCAACGAAGAAGACGAUUGGUCGGGGUAG